ACGAAAAAAGCAGUGCCAGGAAUAGCUUACAAAUUUAAUCAGUGUUAUUAUUAUUAUAGAAGAAUAUUUUUUAGUCGAAAAUAUUAUGUUUGAAUCUUCUAGUAGUUUGUCUUCUAGUGAUAGCGAUGAUGAUGAUGAGGAAUUACAAAAUAUAUUAUUAAAUAAUGAUAUAAAUGAAAGAAGGGUAACACCAAAAAUAAAAAAUUACAUGGAAAAUGUUGUUGUAAGAUAUACAAAUAUUGAAUUUAAAUCACAUUUUAGAAUGGAGCGAAAUACUUUCUACUUUUUAUUAUAUUUUAUUGGGCCAAAAUUAGAUAAUCUUUCAUUUAGAGGAAGAGAAAAAAUUAAUGCAGAAAAACAGUUAUUAAUAACUAUUUAUGUUUUGGCAACACCAAAUUCUUAUCGUUCCAUAUGUGAAAGAUUUGAUGUUGCAAGAUCAACUGCAUGGUUAUGUGUCAAGAGAGUAGUUCGAAUAAUAUAUAGCAUUCGAAAUCAAUUUAUUAGAUGGCCUACUAAUGAAGAAGCUCAAACAACAUGGACAAACAUUCAAAGGUUAUAUGGAUUUCCAAAAGUUUUAGGUAUUGUUGAUGGGACGCACAUAAACAUUGCUCGACCAAAGAAAGAUGCUAAUAGUUACAUUAACAGAAAGGGCAGAUUCUCUAUGCAGUUACAAGUUAUCUGCAAAGAUGAUUUGUCCUUCAUUCAUGUAUUUGCUGGAAUGCCAGGAUGUGUUCACGACAUGCGAGUGUUUCUUUAUUCUGGUGUACAACGAUAUUGUACUCCAGAAUAUUUCCCUGAAGACAGUCAUUUAUUAGGUGACGCAGCUUAUACUAUACAGAAAAAUGUCAUGGUACCAUUUUAUGAUAAUGGUCAUUUAAUCAGAAGACAAAAAGAAUUUAAUACCAAUUUGUCAUCUGCUCGAAUAACUGUAGAAAGGGCAAUUGGAUUAUUAAAGGGACGAUGGCGUUAUUUAUUGGAUAAGUUGCCAAUGACACGAACGGAUUUAAUUCCAUAUUAUAUAGUUAGUUGUUGUGUAUUACACAACUUUUGUUUAUUAAACAAUGAUGCUAUCGAAAUCCCUGUCAUUAUACCUGAUAUGCUACACGAAAUAGAACCGCUUGCUGUUAGUAAUGAAUUAAAAGAGGAAGGAAAUUUAAAAAGAAACAGAUUAAUGGAAAUAAUUACAAAUAACAAUGUUUAAAGAAAAAAUU